CCACCACUCAACCCUCCCUUUCCAGAAACAAGACAAAAUGGCUGCCAACAACGGUUCCGCCACUCUGCGUCACACGUACGCCCCCGUGCCCGCCACCACGCGUGGUGAGUCUGUCUCGCUGUACGCGGACCCCAAGAACGAGAAGAUGCUCUACACGUGCGGCAAGUCUGUGGUCAUCCGCAACAUCGAAAACCCGCUCGACGCGGACCUGUACCAGGAGCACGUGGCCAACGCGACGGCGGCGUCAUACUCGCCGUCGGGCUUUUACAUUGCCUCUGGUGACGAGUCGGGCAAGCUCCGGAUCUGGGACACAGUCAACGCCGAGCACAUUCUGGCGAAUGAGUUCCCGGUGCUCUCGGGCAAGAUCCACGACAUUGCUUGGUCGGGCGACUCGGAGCGGAUCGUGGUGGUCGGCGACGGGCGCGAGCGGUUCGGUGCGGCGAUCCUGGCCAAGACCGGCUCAUCUGUUGGCUCGAUCACCGGGCACUCGAAGGCCAUUCUCUCGUGCUCGUUCAAGGCCAACCGCCCGUUCCGGGUGGCGACGGCCUCGGAGGACUUUUCCGUCGGCUUCCACACCGGCCCGCCGUUCAAGUUUGCGCAUGGCUGCCAAGACCACACGCGGUUUGUCAACUGCGUCCGCUUCUCGCCUGACGGCGCGCGGUACGUGGCGGUGGCGUCGGACAUGACUGGCUCCGUCUUUGACGGCAAGACCGGCGACAAGAUCGGCGAGCUCUCCAACGCCGACCCUCACAAGGGCUCGAUCUACUCGUGCUCGUGGAGCCCGGACUCCAAGUUCCUCCUCACCUCGUCAGCCGACAAGACGUGCAAGAUUUGGGACAUGUCCGGCGAGACCUUUGAGUGCGUCCAGACCUUUACCCUCGGCUCGACCCGCGAGGACAUGCAGGUCGCCUGCCUUUGGGCCGGCGAGACGCUGCUCUCGGUCUCGCUCGACGGCACCAUCAACUACCUCGAUCGCGACGCGCCCGAUGCGCCGGCCAAGCGCAUCCAGGGCCACAACAAGUUCACUACCGCCAUCUCCUUUGACCCGGCGACCUCAUCGAUCGUCUCGGGCUCGUACGACGGCCGCGUCGUCGCAUGGGACUUUGACUCGUGGUCGCAGGUCAUGUUUGCCGGCAACGGCCACGGCUCGCAGGUCUCGGGCAUCGCCGUCCAGGGCGACACCCUCGUCUCGGUCGGCAUGGACGACACGCUCUGCAUCACCUCGAUGACCGACAAGACCAUGGGCGACGCCAUCAAGCUCGACUCGACCCCGACGGACGUCGCCAUCUCGGCCGCCAACCCCGGCCUCGUCGUCGCUUCCCACCGCGGGGGCUCGCUGUCGUCCGCGACGGCAACGUCGUCUCCACUCUCGCCCUCGACAACGAGCCGUCGUCGGUCCAUAUCUCCGCUGACGAAGCUCAUGUCGCCGUCGGUGCCUCGGAUGGCGUCUUCAUCUACACCCUCGACGGCGACAACCUCGUCGAGGCCCAGGCCCUCAAGGGCACCCACCGCGCCCCGGUCUCCUCCGUCCGCUUCUCGCCCGAUGGCUCGUACCUCGCUUCGUGCGACACCGGCCGCAACAUCAUCGUGUGGGACACCUCGAGCUUUGAGCCCACCAUCGGCGCAGGCAAGUGGUGCCACCACACCGCCCGCGUCAACGACAUCGCCUGGUCGCCCUCGGGUGACCACCUUGCCUCGGCCUCGCUCGACUGCGACAUCCGCAUCUGGUCCGUCUCGGCGCCCUCGGCCCGCAUCCGCAUCCCGCUCGCUCACAACGGCGGCGCCACCGGCGUCGUCUGGGUCAACGACUCGGUCAUCGCCACGGCUGGCUCGGACUCGGCCGUCAAGACCUGGGACAUCAACUUCUAAGCGCAUCUUUGAUCUCGCGCGUCGUCCCACGCCGCGCCCUCGGCACCGUGUGCCUUAAACCCACAUACCCCUC